UUGUACUUCACAUUUUUUACCGGGAAUUUGCAAUCGUUUCACUUUUUGUAAUUUUUAAUAUACAGUAAUCGAAUCAAUUAAAUGACUAAUGAGAAAAUAAUCUACUUUGUUCAAACUAUUCUUCGUUGAUUCAAAUGAAAGUUAAAAUCAAAAGCUGGUUGGGUGUCGCUACAUGGCGAUGGGUUGCUAAUGAUGAUACAUGUGGUAUAUGUCGAUUAGCUUUCGAAAACUGCUGUCCAGACUGUAAAUUACCCGGUGACGAUUGCCCAUUAGUUUGGGGCCAGUGUUCGCAUUGUUAUCAUAUGCACUGUAUUAUGAAAUGGUUAAAUUCGCAGCAAGUUCGUCAACUAUGUCCUAUGUGUCGUCAAGAGUGGAAGUUUAAAGAAUAGACAUAAAGCAUGAUUUACGUCAAAUGGAUUUAUCUCUACUGUCUUAACUUUGGUCGUUGAACGAAGCCAUUCGUGAGUUCCGCCAAAUGCAAGAAUCUCUGUCGCCUCAUAAUACACCUUCGACUCAUUCAUCCGAUAAAGAUGAUUGCGAAUGUUACUCGAACGUUGAUCCUCAAUUCCUCAAUGGGUUAUUAACCAGAGCCUAAAUACCACUGGGUCGAAUUCUUCUCGAUCUAGUGUCAAUACGUCCAGAACUAAUAUUAGAGAGACGUGAAUUUGAUAUUGUACAGUAAAUCAUAUCAUCUCGUCUGUCGCUUCAUAAUUUUUUCAAUUUCUUUUGCGUAAUUAUGCUCUGUACUGUAUUAUGUAAUUUUUAAGGCAUACAUACUCUCUCUCUCUCUUUUCGCGCAUUUUGUGUUCCUGUUGUAGUUCGUAAUUUCGUAAUAAAUUUAAUCGAGUGCUUGUA